AUGGAUCCAAGACUAAACUGGGUCAAGUCUGCGCCUGCAACUGGUUCCGCAGUGGAAAUAGGGUCCCCAGUGCAAGAUCCUAGGAAGCGUUCUACAGCAGGCUGCUCUGACACAGGCACUGGCAGUUCCACACCAGUGCCUUCUCGGAAUUCUGGACAGACUCCUCCCCUUUCGCAAAGCGAUGCCAUUUCGUUAGAAAAGGCUUUCCUCAACCUCGGCACCAGGUCUGGUAAUUCUAGCAUCUACAGAAGAAAGAGAGACUACCUGAGGGCGCGGUCGCAGACUGCCGCUGAGGAACUAAGUCGUACUGAACAAACGGCUGCGCUCUUCCCUUUCAUCGUCGAACAAGCCCGACAGUCUCAGAAGAAGAUCGACUCGGACCUCGAACGUACGGAAAAAUCCGUUCGUGACUCCAGCGCUGCUGAAAAGACUGCUGCACAAGACCUUGUUCGCCUGCAGUUUGACAUUAUAAGUCGAGUCAAUCCCAAAACAAUAUCUCAAGAAAGCCAGGUUGAUACUUUGAUAAGAGAAAUCCAAGGACUGCGUGACAUACAGACCUCGGUCAUUCGACGUGCUCAUGAGAACGAUGCUAAACUUGCAGCUCUUGUUGCUGAGAACGAGCAACUCAAAUCCGAAACUGCUGCUCUCAAGCAUGAUAUCAGCCAACUGCAAAGCCACCCUGUUCCAGACCCUUUGCCAUGGGCCGAUUCCCUGGACGCUCUGCGGCGAGAAAUUAAGGAUCAUGUUUCUGAAAUCAAAAACAGAAUGAAGCCCUUGCAAGGACUUCCCAAGAACUUGGACCAAAUCCGAAGCAAGCUGACAAUUCAGGAAGCCAGUGCUACCCAGACGGCUCAAGCUUUCGAUUCAAAGCUUGAACGUCUGGAAACGGAAAUUUCAAAAAUGGACACUCUGCGACUAGAACCCAAGGAAGACGUCUCUGAAAUCAAAGACAUAAUGAAACCCUUGCAAGACCUUCCAGAAAUCUCGGACCAAUUGCGAAGAGAAUAUAAGGACCGAAUUUCUCCACUUGAAGACAGAAUCAAACUCCUGGAACAGCUUCCAGACAGCUUGGACCAAUUCCGAAGUCAUCUGGCAACCCAGGAAGGCAACGCUAUCAAGGCAGCUAAACUUUUCAGUUCUAAGGUCGACGGCCUGGCUAGAGAAAUGUCAAAGAAAGGGAGUCAUCUUGCUAUCAUGGGACUGAAGAAUCAAUUCUUAGCCUUCGAAAAACGCUUCGAGGUUGCUGCGCAGACCCACAAUCAAAAAAGCUAUCAAGAAGAGAAGAACAGCCUUCAAGAAUUACGGCAAAUGUUGCAAGCCUUGAAGCAGGAAAAGGACACACAACUCGAGGAAUCUCACAAUAUCAUUAUGAGUGAUAUGCAGCGGAUAGAACGCGCCAAUCAUGAAAUGAUGGACGAGCUUCAAGACCAAGUGCAGGCCUUAAAGGAGCUGUGUGGCAAAUUCACCCCUUCUACUGAAGUUUCAACUGAAGAACACGGGGAGCCUAAUGCAUUUCCAUUAUCUCAACGAAUGAAAGAAGUUGAAUCAAAAGUUGAAACUCUACGGGCCGAAUUAUCAAACCAGGAAAAACUCCUCAACGACCGACUCCUGUCUCUUAACAGUGGUGAAAACGAAGAGACCUCCUUGACAUGUAAACAAGUUGAGACAGAGCACGGAAAGGCUCUCAGUGCUUUAUCUCAGUCAAUUGAUAUCCAGCUUGAGACUCACAAGAAUCAAAUUGCGGAUCUUGAUAGGAACUUGACCACACUUAUGAGGGCUCAAAUGUCAAGCGAUGAUCGAGAAGCACUGCAAACUUUGAGGACCUUGAGCCGAAGGAUGGAAAAACAGGAGCAUCAGCAUCAAUGGCUAAGGACUCGGUUUGACAACUUAAGCACCGAAAGCCUUCAUCGCCAGAUGAUUGGGUAUAUCGCACCUGUCUUACCGAAGCUUGAGCAAGGCCUUCGCAAGAUAGAUCUAGGUAUGGAAAACCUUGAGAAGCGAGUCACUCAGCUUUCCAACAAACUUGAGGCAUCUGUCUCAGAUGUAGAUAGCAGGAUACAGCUGGUCGAAGACAAUUUGGCGGGGUACAUCUCAAGGUCUCAAGAACAGCAUGAGGCCCUUGCCGAAGAGUUCAGAGAGACCCGCGAUGUUAUGGUUCCAAAGCUCAAAGAUCUAGACUCAUUAUUUGAGGAGCUAAAGAGGAAGUUGCAGCAGAUCACAGGACAACAAGCGGAGUCCAUUCAGAACUCAACGGAGGCCCCUUCCACGCCUCGUAAUAUGAACGUGACGAGCCCAGCGAAAGCUCUACCAAGAACCCGAUCACGGCCAAAACCCAGCCAGUCGAUCAAGUCACCCCAACCAGGACCGAGCCAGCAGAAAGCUGCCAUAGGAGACUGGAUUGACAGUUCUUCAAGCGGAGAUGAGCUUGAUCUCUCGCAUAAUGAUGAGACGAAUGACGGGGACCUAGACUCUACUGCAUUGCUUAACAUGUUCAAGAAACCCAUAGAUCGCGAGGCCUCUACUCGGUCGAAUCGGCCCCUCACCCAAAGCACAAGGUCGUCUCCAGCCGCGGCCAGACAAACAGCUAUGGAGAACACAUCUGGGUACCGUAAGCGCAAGCGCAGCAAAGUCUCAUUUGCCGGCGAUAUCGAGCACGUGGAAUCUGGGGAAGACAUGAUAAGGCCCCCUCGAAAAGGUGUGCAUGGCAAGUAA